AUGAAGUUUAAUAUUGCCAAUCCCACCACCAGGUGUCAGAAGAAACUCGAGAUUGAUGAUGAUCAAAAACUCCGUGCAUUCUACGACAAGAGGAUCUCACAGGAAGUUAAUGGAGAUGCUCUUGGGGAGGAAUUCAAAGGCUAUGUUUUCAAAAUCAUGGGAGGAUGCGACAAACAAGGAUUUCCAAUGAAACAAGGAGUGUUAACUCCUGGCAGAGUUCGCCUUCUUCUUGUGAGAGGAACACCCUGCUUUCGUGGGUAUGGAAGGAGGAAUAGUGAAAGGAGAAGAAAGUCUGUACGUGGUUGUAUAGUGAGCCAAGAUCUUUCUGUUUUGAAUCUAGUUAUUGUCAAGAAGGGUGACAAUGAUCUUCCUGGAUUGACCGAUGUUGAAAAACCUAGAAUGAGAGGUCCAAAAAGGGCAUCUAAAAUCCGUAAACUUUUCAAUCUUUCAAAAGAAGAUGAUGUUAGGAAGUAUGUCAACACAUAUAGAAGAACAUUCACAAACAAAGAUGGAAAGGAGGUUAGUAAAGCACCAAAGAUACAGAGAUUGGUGACUCCAUUGACAUUGCAAACGAAACGAGCAAGAAUUGCAGAUAAAAAGAAGAGGAUUGCAAAAGCAAAAUCUGAGGCAACUGAAUACUAG